AUGUCCAGCAACGCGCCCGCUCCCUCGCGAUUCUCCGGCUACUUCACGUCGAGCCCCUCCCCGGAGACCUAUGCCAGGUCUAGAAGCAUUACGCACUCCGGCUCCGGUGGGCCCUCGAGCUCUCGUGGACAUUACCAAUCCUCUGGAAGUCGGAUCAUGGCAGGCACCCCGCCGACGUACUAUCCGUCCUCCUCAUCCGGCUAUCCAGGCUCAUCCCGCUAUCGAUCGAUGCUGGACGUUGGUCCAUCGUCGUCCUCAUCAGCUCACUACAACCGUGCACUGCCGCCGCCGCCGCCCCAAAUAGCCGAGGAAGACGAAUGUCCGGUCUGCCAUCGCGAACUGCCCUCUCGUACCCUCCCCAACUUUGAGCAGCUGCGUGAGACACACAUUAACACCUGCAUCACUUCACACAGCGCUUACGGCGGUACACCGACGGGAGAGACCCCUCCAGUCGGAACGCCGCCUCCCUUGGCGGUUCGCCGGACUGGUAUGUUCCCUUAUGUUGCGACAGAAAAGGACUGUGUCGACUCGGCCGAGUGCACCAUUUGCCUUGAGGAAUUCGAGGUGGGCGUUCCAAUGGCGCGUCUGGAGUGCCUCUGCCGUUUCCACCGAUCCUGUAUCUCAGCUUGGUUCAUCAACCAUCCUGGACGGUGCCCAGUCCAUCAGCAUGAUAGUUUUGGCUAUUGA